UUUUGCUUUUCGCGAGUUUUGAGUUUGUUUUGAAUUAUAUUCUUCGUAUUGCAGAACGCUUGUUAAGCGUUUUAUUCGAGGAUUUUAACCGUAUCUACAACCGUAUCAAUACAAUACAAAAAAGGUAUAUAGAAAGUCAAAAUGCUGGAAAUCACCUGUAACGACCGUCUGGGCAAAAAGGUGCGAGUGAAGUGCAAUCCGGAUGACACGAUCGGUGACCUCAAGAAGCUGAUAGCUGCACAAACCGGAACUCGGUACGAUAAAAUAGUGUUGAAAAAGUGGUAUACGAUCUUCAAAGAUAAUAUUAGGCUAUCGGAUUAUGAAAUUCACGACGGAAUGAAUCUGGAACUGUACUAUCAAUAGGAUGGAAAUGGAGUCCUUUCUUCUUGGCAUCAUUCUUACUUUGAGCAUUAUAUGAAUAAUUCAUUUUUGGUGACAAUUUAUUUCGAUGUAUUUAUUAAAAUAAAUCAUAAAGAUAUUUAAAA